AUGUCGACUGCUUCAGAAGAUGCUCAGCUCAAGUCGCCGUCUUACCCAAGCAACUGCCUUCACUUUCUCCGGAACGCUGAUAAGAAGUCCACCAAAUCUACCAACGAAGGCAAUGAUAGUACUGUUCAACUCGACAUCGCGAUCGUGGGUGCUGGCAUCGCUGGGCUGGCCACGGCCAUUGCGCUAGCGCGCAAGAAGCACACCGUAACAAUCUAUGAGCAGGCAGAACGACUGGCAGAGGUCGGAGCGGGCAUUCAAAUUCCCCCGAAUUCUACACGCUUGUUGUUGAAUCUGGGACUCGGGCCGUACCUAGAGAAGUAUGUCACUGAGCCUGGAAGUGUGCUGAUGCGCCGAUGGCAAAAUGGGAAAGUCAUCGGAAAAACGAGAUUAUAUCCUGAGUUUCGAGAGCAGUUUGAUGCUCCGUACUGGGUAAUCCAUCGCGCGCAUCUCCAUGAAGCGAUGCAUCGGUUGGCCGUUGACUUGGGUGUCACUGUCAAGCUGGUCUCGAGGGUUAUUUCGUACGAUGUCGAGGUGCCAAGUCUCACGCUGGAGAGUGGAUCGACUGUUCUGGCGGAUUUUGUCGUCGCUGCGGAUGGGUUGAAGUCGUCAGCCCGGAAAGUUAUUCUAGGCGAUGACGAUUAUUUUCCAAAACGGACUGGCUUUGUCGCGUACCGGACCGUUGUCGAUGUCGAACACGUAAAAAAUGAUCCUCAAGUAUCUUGGCUGCUGGAAAAGCCUUCCUUUAACCUGUGGCUGGGAGACAACAAGCAUGUCAUGACAUACAUCAUCGGUGCAGGGAAGUCAUUCAAUAUGGUCUUCAAUUGUGCGGACCCUUCAGAUCCUGCCGAAUGGAGUCAGGACAUGUACACACUUCUCGACAGUAUUCGCAGAGAGUUCAGGGGCUGGGAUCCAGUCCUCAUGCGACUUACACAGAUGAUCGACAAGACGAUGAAGUGGCCCCUGUACAGCGGAUCAACCAUGCCACGCUGGGUCGCUGGAAAGCUGGUUAUCCUCGGUGAUGCAGCCCAUUCCAUGAUCCCCUACAUGUCCCAAGGAGCCGCCAUCGCAGUCGAAGACGGAGUCGCCCUCGCCAACAGCAUCGACAAGAUCUCCUGCAAGGAUUCGAUUCCGCUCGCACUGUCGAUCUUCGAGAAUGUACGAAUCAAACGCGCUUCGCGAAUGCAAGAGGCCAGUUUGCUCAACAGCAAGCUGUGGCAUUUUCCCGAUGGACCUACCCAGCAAGAGCGAGAUAAGGCGAUGGAGGCAGAGGUUGAAGGUCGGCCAUUCUCCCACAGUCCCAACCAGUGGAGUGAUCCCGCAACGCAGAUGUGGUGUUUCGGGUGA